GAUUCCUCGAACCCAGAAGAGUGGCUGCUGCCGUGUUUAUGUGAAGAAAAUAUCGAAGAGCUAGGGUGGCUUUUAUCUCUGAUACUUCUUCAUAUGCCUAGUAUUAUUUCCAUUGAGGAGUUAGCAUCGAAGUUGCUCUGCCUGAAAGAUGGAUCCGAUCUUCUGACGCAGGUUGUGGCGAACGUGUCCGAAAUGUAUCUACCGCUGGUCACGCAUUUGUUCGACAUGGCUCCUGCUGAUCAAGUUGUCUCUGCUGCUCGUCUGACAACUAUUACUAACCUUGUCGCACUCAAUCCGCCACUAUCGCACUCGAUUCUUGACAGGAUGGCGGAAAUGCGCAAGGAAUGCAUGUUCGCUACUCGAGUCGUGUGUGAGAGGCUUGACGAUAAAGCGGUAACUUCCUUUCUGUACGCAUUGAUCAAUUUUAGAACUAAGUUAGUUCUCGACGAUUCUUGA